CGUCUCCCUCAUUAUACUCUGAGAGGGUGAAAUGAAAAUGAUAAAAGUUCUGAAGAAGAAGCUCAACUUCUGGUCAAGAAAGAAGAGGAAAAGGAAGUCCCUUGAGCCAUCCUUCAACUAUGACUAUCAUCCUAUUCCUAUUCUUCCACCCUACUGCUCCCAUUAUCAUUGCUGCUCCUCAUCAACACUACUGCCUCAGCCUCAGCCCUCAGCUCCACCAUUGCCCUCAUGGCUUGAGGCAGAUAAGGAGCACACGACCCAGGAGGCCAUCUUUCCAUUGGAGGUGCAACCAUUCCUCGGGCCAUCUUAUUCAAACCAACCUGAUGAACAAAUUGUAUCAGAAACCACUCCCAUCUAUUCAGCAUUUUCCAGUAAUGUUAGCAGCACCACCCACUCCUAUCAGCUGCAAUACACGGUUUCAAAUCCUCCAGUAUAUGGCGUGCCUGUUGCUGUUUUGGAGGAGACAAGGAAAAGAGAGAGAUUUUUCGGUCGUGUUGUUGAAUUAGUUGGCUGUUUCUGCCCAUGUCUUCGCAUUCGAGAAGAAGCUCUGCUCAAAACUAGUUCUCGCCUUAGCUAAAUAAAAUAAAAUACUAUUAGUAGUAAUUUGUUAUUCUUUUUCUUCAAAAACAAGAAUGUUGUUGUAUUACAAAAUUACCAUAGACAAGUGGGGACGUUUCUACUUUUUACAUAUUAGAAUGGAGAUGAUUAUUGGCCCAGCUUCAGAUCCAACCAUCAACCACCUACUUCGGCUAACACUUGAAAAUUAUCAACAUUUCAAAUCUGGCAAUGUCUGCAAUACAGAGUAGGAAGGAAUCAAUUAUUAUUACUUCAAAAUUGUUGUCUAAGGCAUCUUGUGUUCAAUACAUUUGGAGUAGCUCUUUAAGGCAUCCUGAUUCCAGAACAACUUGUCCUCUUCAAUUUCUUCAUCAAGCAACUGAUUCAUCCUAUCGUGUAAUAAGCAUAAAAUAAAAGAUUUGGGUUCAU